AUGGAUAAUCAUGAUUAUGAUGAUAAUGAUGAGGAGGAGGAAGAGGAGGAGGAGGUUGGUUAUUGUCAUUUUCAUAAUGAUUAUUGUUAUCAUAAUGAUGGUGAUGGUGAUGGUGAUGAGGAUUAUGAUGAUGAUGAAAUUGAUCAACACGAGUUUGAAAGCUUCACAAGUGAUCAUUAUUAUACUCCGUCCCUGGAUGGUCAUGAUCAAGAUCCAACCGUUGAUCAAGAUGAUGAUCAAGAUCCAACCCUUUAUCUAGAUGGUGAUUAUGACGAGGGCUAUUUGACAGUGCCAUUGUCCCCACCAAGAUCUGUAUUAUACUUUGACUGCAACAUGUGCAUGAAAGUGGCAAGAGAGCCAGUUGUGACUUCAUGUGGGCAUUUAUAUUGCUGGCCUUGUUUGUACAGUUGGUUGAAUAUCUACAGCGCUCACAGGGAAUGCCUUGUUUGCAAGAGUAAAGUGUUUGAUUCUUUGAUCACUCCUAUUUACAACUGCAGAGACAUCAACUCUGGCUUCAAAGUGCCACCAAGACCAGAACCAAAGGGGCUUCGUCUCUCUUGA